CCGCGCCCCACCCCCGGAUUGCUGUCAACGGGCAGCAGCAUCGUGUUGCCCGGAACAGCAAUUGGACCUUCCCUUGGAGCAAUUCGCGUCCACCAUCACUUUUCCAAGUUCAGAGCUAACGGUUCUCUUUCUAGACGGCACCACCCGUUCAACGGCCGGCGCUCAUCCAACCGUGGUGGAGCAUCGGACUGCGCAUAUCACAUUCAAUAAACGCUUAAUCUGCCAAUCUUAACCACUCUCUAUUCCGAAACGCUUCCGAUCCUCUGUCAAUACAAUGGCUCCCCACGCUAGUUCGGAUGUUGUUGCCAAUGGCGCCGUGAACGGGUCUGCUCGUACCGCUCCUUUGUUUACCGUCAACUCGCCCAACGUCGUGUACACCGAUUCCGAGAUCAAAAGUCAGUAUGUGUACCACACCACCGAGGUCACCCGCUCGGCCGACAACAAGCUGGUGGCCACUCCCAAGGCUACCAACUACCACUUCAAGGUCGACCGCAAGGUGGGCAAAGUCGGUGUGAUGAUGGUCGGUUGGGGUGGAAACAACGGUUCCACCGUGACUGCCGGUCUCAUUGCCAACCGCCGCGGUCUCAGCUGGGAGACCCGCGAGGGCAUGCGUGCCUCCAACUACUAUGGGUCUGUGGUGAUGGGAUCGACCAUCAAGCUGGGCACCGAUGCCAAGACGGGCGAGGAGAUCAACAUCCCUUUCCACGACAUGCUGCCCAUGGUGCACCCCAAUGACCUGGUCGUUGGUGGUUGGGACAUCAGCAGCAUGAACCUGGCGGACGCGAUGGACCGGGCCCAGGUCCUUGAGCCUGGUCUCAAGCAGCUGGUGCGCAAGGAGAUGGCCGAGAUGAAGCCCUUGCCCAGUAUCUACUACCCGGAUUUCAUUGCUGCCAACCAGGAAGACCGGGCGGAUAACGUGCUGGAGGGAUCCAAGGCCUGCUGGGCUCACGUGGAGCAGAUCCAGAAGGACAUGCGUGAGUUCAAGGCCCAGAACGGUCUCGACAAGGUCGUGGUCAUGUGGACUGCCAACACUGAGCGGUAUGCCGACAUUGUGCCGGGCGUCAAUGACACCGCGGACAACCUGCUGGCAGCCAUCAAGGAUGGACACCUUGAGGUCUCUCCUUCGACUGUCUUUGCCGUUGCUUGUAUCCUGGACAAUGUUCCCUUCAUCAACGGUUCUCCUCAGAACACCUUCGUUCCCGGAGCUCUUCAGCUGGCGGAGAAGUACGGAGCGUUCAUUGGCGGUGACGACUUCAAGUCUGGCCAGACGAAGAUGAAGAGUGCCCUUGUUGACUUCCUGAUCAACGCGGGUAUCAAGCUCACCUCGAUUGCCAGCUACAACCACCUGGGCAACAACGACGGCAAGAACCUGAGCUCGCAGAAGCAGUUCCGCUCCAAGGAGAUCUCCAAGUCGAACGUGGUGGACGACAUGGUCGCUGCCAACAGGAUCUUGUAUGCGGAGGAUGAGCACCCCGACCACACCGUUGUGAUCAAGUACAUGCCGGCUGUUGGCGACAACAAGCGUGCGUUGGAUGAG